AAUAAUAAUAGCUUGCGUUAUCCUGAUAACGAUUGACUAACCACCGAUAUUUGGCAUUGCUACGAUAACAAAACGUUCGAUUUAAAGAGGAAGAUUAGAACGGCAUGAUAGAAGAAGAAGUUAAAUUAUCGUUUAUAUAUUAUAUCAUUGGAAUAUCUUAAUAAGACCGAUUUGGUUGCAUCAGAAGAAUGCGCUUUGUAUUUCCGGUACUCGUUUUGGGAGCUGUCGUCAUUGCAUCCGACGAGUUAACUCGUACGACAGAUGGCGAAUGGGCGUACGAGUUGUACGAUGGACAAAAAUUCACGAUAGAUUGUCGGUCAGCACUCAACAUAAGUGCGCUAACAUCACCUACGAUCGUCUGGAAACGUUAUGCGAACGAUCAAAUGGUUGAUAUCCAGAGUAGCGACGCGGCAUUUACAAUGAUAGACUUCACGCUUCUAAUCAAUGAGAUUAAACCGGAACUCUAUGGUGUGUACAUGUGCGAAGUCCGCAAUUCUGGAGACGACAGCAAGGAUAAGGGUGUGUUCGGGAUCAACUUGCACCGAGCCAGGUACCACACGCUUGGGGAGAAGUACCGUCGUAACCUGAUAGUCGCCGUGGUCGCCGCCGUUGUCUUCCUCGUCCCGUUGGUCGGCUCGUGCCUCGUGCACUACUUCCGCUGGGAGACGCGACACAUGAAGUCCGAAAAGAGCCGAUACUACGGUGGCUACAAAAUGUCGAAAAACGGCCUGGGCUCCAGUGUCCAGUCGCCUGAUGGGAUUGGUGCCUACGACAACCCUGUAGGCGAUGACACGAAACUGUGAACAAAAGAUGGCAUAAAGGAUUCUCAUAAACAUGAACUCAUAUACACACCAAUAUAUUGUUUGCUGUUUUUUAUAGUAUUUUGUACGGGCAUAUAUGUGCGAUUUUUUUGUAUAACAAAACAAUUCGAUUUUAUCAUCUUUAUAUGGAAUCAUGUAUGAAUGUUAGAUUUUGUGGAAAGAUGUUCCGUUAGGGCCACUAGUUGUUUCGACCUCAUGAAUGGCACGCACGAGAACGAGUGAAAGGAAGGAAUUCAUGGACCGAUAACGCAAGAUUGUGCUGCAAUAUCAAUAUUCUGAUUCGACGUAGUGAUCUCGUUUUUUUCUGCGUAAUUUCAAGUUAUUGCCCUUUUUGUCCACAAAACGAACACAAAUAAUGCGAGAUAACACAUUAAUUGUUAUAAUUGCACGUCGCACUCUCGUCAUUUUAGCUUUUUUGAAUCGCCAUUUUCAUCCUGUUAACACAACUCUUUAUACCUUGAUUUAACACUUCAGACUCUGGAUAAUAAACAAGAAAAUACUA